AUGAUGGAAUUAAUUCCAAGACUUCUUCUCGUUGGGCUUGUCCUAGCAUGCUUUGCCAACGCAAUCGACAAUGGCAUCGUAGAAAGACCAACCAUUGCUUCACCACCGCCAUGGCGAGGUUCAGGAGUACUAUCCUACGUCUCCUCUUCAGACGCCUACGAGACCCCAAUCCCAUCCGCAGACGAAUACGCCUCUCUGGAACCAUAUUCAUUCCACGACACAGCGUAUCCUGUCCCAGGCGUCUCCCACUCAUCUUAUACGCCUCAUCCCCAAUAUUCAGCCAUUGUAACCGUCAGAACCACCACAUGGGUGCUCUCUCGCUCGACGACAAUCACAAGUAUAAUCCGAGAGACUUAUUACUCGACUCUAACCGACAUCGAAAGCUCGGUCGAAGCAGGAACCGUGACGGUGACGAAGACCGAGACGACAAAUUCGCCAUCCCCGGCUGACUGUACAACCGCGUCCGACUAUGUUUCGGUGUAUGGAGGUGGAUGCUCGUCGUCGUCGUCUUCAUCGUCUUCGUCGUCGUUUUCGAGUACCAUAGCCACGAUGACAUGGUCGCCAGAAGUCACUGCCUAUCCUCCGCCAUCGAGCUCAGACGACGAACGCGCAAGCCCAGCUUCGACAUCAACAACUUCAUCAGCAUCGACCACAACGACAGCAACACCAUCCAGCGGCAAUGAAACUCCACCUGUGGUUACAGGAGGAGGACGCCCAGCCCCCCAGGCAGCCGAAGUCCGCACUCUCGGUGUCGUGGCGGCGCUCCUCGCCGUGCUUCUCUAA